UGCAGCUAACUGGUAGGUCAGAGACAAAAAUGGAUAUAUUACCACUUCAACCAGCUAAACCUUAUAGUUACACGUAUGUAUGUCAGUUCGUUGGAGCUGAAGACUACAGGAAGUUCAUCUGCCCGAAAGUAAUUAGCUCCACUGACUCUGGUUGUGACAUCUGAGGAUGCAGCAAAAUGGCUUCAUCUGUGGAACAUAAAAGAACAAGAUCAGCAUCGUGUUUCAGCAGGGCAGCCAGGAGGAUCAGGAAGACUCUGUCCAGAAUUUGCAGCAACAAUUCUUCCUCUUCCCAUAGCUCCUUAACUGACAACCUUCAUUUCGUGAAUUCCAGAUCCCGUUCUAUCAUCCCCAGGAGUCACAGAGAAGAUUCAGAGAUAUAUCCUUACGUUGGAAUGUGUGCGCCACUUCAGACUACCUUCCAAGUUCGUCGCGGUUAUGUACUCAGGUCCGCUAUUUCCAAAUAUAAUCCUGAAAGAAAUGAACUUGCUAACACGUACCUCAGAGCCAAUAGAACACCAAGUCCUUCUAUUGGUUCUGAGUCUUGGGUGCACAGAAACAAUUCACCCUCUUUUCUCUUGCAAGCAUACCAUUCUCAGUUUGACACAUUCGCUGAUGAUUAUAAUGCAUCUCGUCCUGUUUGGCGCGGGAGAUUCCUCAGCUGUUCACCUGAUUCUCUCAGUCUUGGAGUAAGUGCAUCAGGAGAUGAAAGUGAUACUCAGGUGGAAAUAGAGGCAUCUCUUGUAGCUGUGAACUAUUCAGUCCCAAACACCCAGCCAACAUGUUGUCCCCUUCAAAUGUCUUCAGAUCCUGGUUGGAGCAGAAGAGGCUCCAGCUGUUUGCUUCGUUCUCUCAGCGUUCCCUCACUGAGUCAGGUAACCUCUGCAAAGAACAAGACCUUCACACGAGCUAAGAGCUUACCUGACUUGCUGCUGGAAAACAGCUUUGAGGAGUUUACUCCUGAUAUCACUGUUGAUGAAAACGAUGAAGCCUACUGGUUGCGGUGCUCCUGCCCAGGCCUGUACCAGUGCAGGGUGACAGGCCUGGUGUUCCACAUGAAGGGAGAAGGAGACGUGGUCUACAGGAUUGUCCCUUGGAACAGGAGACUGUUGGCCCAACACCACAAGCAGCCUGCAGGACCCCUGUUUGACAUCAAAUGUCUGCAGCAGUCUGUGUGUCAGCUUCAUCUCCCACACUGUGAGAUCUGCUCCACAGGUGGAUGUGAUUUCUUGUCAGUUGCUCAUGUGAAUGAUGAGGGCAUCGAGUUCAUCACCCCUCAUAAGAUAACAGAAAGUCAUGUUGUUGUUAACAUCACAGGGUUUUCUGCUUUCGGUAAUGUCAAAGAUGAAGACUCACCACCUGACCCGGUGCGAGCGCUGGUUCUGCUGUUCUACAGGCCUCCUGCUGAUCCUGAUCCCACAUCCCUCCUCAAUGUGUUGUUGCUACCGAGGAACGUGGUGCUCCAGGAUGUGCUGCGCACCAGGAAGAAAUUAGUUGGGGAUGAGAGCUACAUUGAAACGUCCUCACACUGCAAACUGCACCCAAAGCAGGAAUACACACUGUCCACCUGUCCUGAAGACGACUCAUUUCGAGUUCAGCCAGAAAAAGCAGAAUUUGACUGUGACAACUACGACAACUACAUCCCAUCAUUCCAGGUGAGAUUUAAAACAAUCAUUUUAAAUAUUAACCUGCUUCUUAGAGACACCAGCUGCUCUCACACUGUUUGGGAAAGUGAGGUUUAUCUUUCAUCCAAUGGAGUAAAAAGGUCCUGUGGGCCGAGCAUUUUGAACCUGCCUUCAAGACAGAAGCUGUUUGACAUACGGAGCAGCUUCAUCGAUGGGAUAUCAGGACCGGUUCUCAAAAGUCUGCUGGACAAACUGUUUGACAAGAAGGUGAUGACUGACUCAGAGAGGGAGUCAGCGGACGAGAUGCAAAACAAGAGAGACAAAGCUCGUUUUGUUAUCGACACAGUGAGGAUGAAAGGUGAAGCUGCUAGUUCAGAGAUGAUUGAGUUUCUGUGUGAGACAGACCCCUUCCUCUGUGAACAUCUUGGGUUGGUCUGAAGGAAAAAGGAACACAACUGCCCAGUGCGUUCAUAAACAUGGGUUUGUAAUUGUUUGACCUUCACUGCUGUAACUGUAAUCAAAUUUCAUUUCCUGUGAUGAAGCUGUGUGAACUAGUUUUCCCUGAUCUGUUUGUUCAUUAUUAACAUGAAAUGACACUUUGAGUAGGUUCAGAGCCCUCUGUUGGCUGACAUGAGUUCUACAAAACAAUGUCAUCACAUGGUCACUUUUGGUCACACUCAUUCUUCAGAUGAUGGAGUUUGUGCGGUUGUCUGGGAAAUGUAGAUGUUUAAAUUUACCUUUUUUUCCCCAAAGUACUUUAAGAACUUCUUGUCCAGAUUGACUUAGUUUGUUAUAUUAGUAAAUUUAACUCCUGAGUGAUACACUUUUCGUGUACCUCUGCAGCUAACUGCUCAAACUGAGAGAAAAAUAUUAAUAACUGAUCCUGUGUAAUUGUACCCUGUGUUAUCUGUCCCCUUUUUUCUGUUUAUGCCCCCUCAUUUAUCUUUAUUGAGUGUCUUAUUUUUACUGUUCUGUUGAAAUAUAAGAAGUUAAAUGUCACACUCACCUUAUUCUAUUUUUUCAAUUACAUUUGGACUCCCCCUAUGGUGAGAACGUCAGUUGUGUUUCCAGUUUUGGCUUAAUCUUGCAUUGGGUAAAUUUAUUUUCAGCACUCUAGUUUAUUGAUUUAUUUGUAUUUGCCUACUAGUAAAUCCUUGUCUAUUAAUUGUCA